UUAUUUAAUUGAAUUUUGGGCACCAUGAAUCGUGGAUGGAACAUUGCCGGAGUCACCAUUGCUGGGUUUUCCCUUUGCUUUGGGUUUUACGGCCGAAGACUGGUCAAGUUCACCAGUGUUGAGAAUUAUAAGAAAUAUCAUAUGGCUACUCUCUGAAAUUUGGUUUCAGGAGUUGGAAUUUCGAUGACCAGAAAGACUAAGCAUCCAAUUCAAGCAGGAAUUUUAUUUAUUGCAGGCUUAGGGCUAGCCAGUGGCAUGGGAUAUUACGAAGGAUUACUUGACAUGUGGGAUAAAGAGCCUGAGUUCGAAACUGAGACUUACACACGAAUUGGGAGGUACUUAAUCUUAGCAGGAUAUGGACUACUUAUCCUCAAAAAUGGUAAUUUUAUACCUUAA